AUGGCAACCAGUGAAAAUGUAAAUGUGGAUAUUACAACAGAUAAUGUUGACGAAUUACCUUCAUAUGAUGAUCAUGUUCUUUUUACGUAUAUUAAUCAAUGGGAAAAUCAUUCAAUUGCAAAAAUCCAACUAGCUGCACAACAAGCUCGAAGCGAUCUACAGCAAAUUUUUGAUAAAAAAAUUCAAGAUUUCACUACUCUUUUGAGUACAAUAGACGAGGCAGUAGAAACUAAUGCUGCGGUGAAUACUAAUAUUUCCACAUGGACAGAAGAAUUAAAUAAAUUUCGACAAGAUUUAUCCGAUCUAUCCGCAUACGUUCAUUUAGAACAUGAUAAAAAUGAAGCACCGAUUCGUUUAAUUAAAAUUUUUCAUAAGAACCAUCACCAAUUUAAAAAAAUUAAUAAUAAUACGGAUGAAAGCGAUAUAGAUGUGCCGGGAACUGAACGAUUAACACAAGCUAUGCUAUCUAAUGCAUCACCGGAAGAACAAAAGCAGAUGUUAGGCUCACGACUUUUUCUACUUGUUCAACAGAUUGAACCGAAUUUAGCGGCAAAAAUCACUGGAAUGUUUCUUGAAUUAGAUAAUAAAUAUAUUUUCACUUUAAUUAAAUCAUACAAAAUACUCGAAGAAAAGAUAAACCACGCUAUGAAUAUCCUAGAAGCUUCUCGAUUUCAACAGCUUAAUGGGAAAAGAACAUCGUAUUAA